AUGCCUAUCUCAAACACUUCUCCUAUAAUCAAACUCCUUGAUAUUUCUUCUAAGAACACCCAACCGGCUUCGCAGCAGACCAAUUAUACUCAAACUCGUACUCCUAUGGCUAUUCAAUACUCAUAUCUGGCUACUGCUUACCUUCCUCCUGCGUUCCCUUCUCCACCGGCACCACCUCGACCACCAUACGAACGAAUCCCUAUACCGGCUGAUGGCGCCACUGAAAGUAACCCCAAGUUGCUUAUAGACCUUAUGAAGAUCUACAGCAACGACGAUAAGAAGUAUGGAGGGGAGAAAUAUGAUAUCCUCAGUACUAAGCUACAAGUCUUCUACGACUGUUGCGCAAAGAUUGGUUUGGGACGUGAUCAAUUCGCAAAUGCAUUCUCUACUAUGUUGAAAGGACGGGCUAGCCAAUACUACUAUAACUCGCUAUCCAACAAAGGCUUCACAUUUCAGCAACUAAUCAACCACACAAGGACUCAUUUUGAGACCGAGGAAAACCACCAAGAGUACUUAACUGAAUGGAGAGAAAUCACUUUAGAACGCACCAUUGAGGCCAACCCAACUAAGUCGAAGCUUGAGUGUUUCCAGACGAUGGUAGAUCAACUUGAGAAGGUGCAACGGGGACUCUCAAACGAGUACCAGUUUGAACACAGCCUACGAGAUCAAGUAUUGAAUGGUUGCAGAGGAGUUGUAGAGUGUGAUCUUGCGCUCUACAAGCUAAGCGCUACCUUUGAAGGUGUCUGCGCUGAAAUCCGCUCUUCAAUUGGCACCAAGAUGCGUUUAUCACGCGCACUAAUACCAUCUUCCUUCAACAACCGAUUCAACGACGAGUAUGACCACAACUGGACAGACCGAACAUAUGGAGGAUAUGGACGAGGCUGGGGAUCCUACAAUGGACAAAGAAAUCGGGUUGGAGAGAGUAAUCGAGGACCUUAUGAGCCGAGCUCACGAGGAAGUUUCCGUAAUAACCAGCACGGAGUACGCCAAAAUAGAGGCUUCCAACAGAAGAAAUGCUUUGUCUGCCGGAAACUAUACUGUUGGUCUACAAAACACUCAAAGGAAGAGCGACAGAGAGCAUACAAUGAGUUCAGGCAAUAA